AUGCAGAUAGAUAAUAUCUAUCUAUCUAUCUAUCUAUCUAUCUAUUCUAUCUAUCUAUCUAUCUAUUACGUUCGUGUCAAUCUAUCUAUCUAUCUAUCUAUCUAUCUAUCUAUCUCAUUCUACUUAUUAUCUAUCUGUUCAUUAUUCUCAUCUCCGCAACGUCCACUGUCCGUGUCUUUCGGGAAUCUGUUUUUAUGGGCUCCUGCGCAAGGGCUGGAAUGGGGCAUGAUGUGUUCUGGGAAUGCCAGCGUUCCUAAAACAACCAAUCAUUGCUCUCCCUGCAAAUGUCAAAAUAGUGGGGAGCCCCUGUUCCCACCCUUGAAAUUCUACCUGGCCUUCUCUUUCUUUUGGUCACCUGAUCAAACCCAAUUCCUUCUUCCUUUGUGUGAGUACCUCUCACCAUCACUACCCGAGAAGUGUCGGAAGUCCUGCGCCUUACCUAGAAUUUCACCUGGGCCUUUACCUUUUUGCUCACCUGGUCAAACCUGUCUCCAAGAGCUAUACCACUUCUAG